AUGGGCUGCCGCUUCAAUGCUGUUUUGGAUCGUGGUUUUGCUAUGCUUGACAUUCAUUAUUGUUAUCCAGAAGAUAAUGGAGCAUAUUUCUGUGUAGCGCGUAAUGCUAUAGGACAAGUUCAAAGUAAUGUCGUUGAAUUACAUUGUGAACCUGAAGAGCAUAUAGUCACAAGUUCAGUAUUGUCAAAGGAGUCAAUUAGUUACUUGCAAAGUUUGGAUGCUUGGGAGAGUGAUACAAUGGCAGGAUAUGAUAUGGUUAAACGUGACGAUGAAGAACCACCAAGUGCACCAUCAUUUGAUAUUUUACCUGUCGCUGUCACUGUCACUGAAGGCUCUCCAGCCAAGUUUAUCGUUAAAGCAGGUGGAAAUCCGAAGCCUAAAAUAUUUUGGUAUAUUAAUGGUGAACUUAUAGCCUCAUCAGGAGGUGGUGGAAGUUGGAGAAUUUUUCAAGAUGGUGGUAUUAGUAAUUUAGAAUUUCAUCGUGUUAGCAAUCCUGGUCAGUUGAAUAUAAGAGCGGUUGCAAGAAACAAUAUGGGUGAAGCAGCUGCAGAAACAGUCUUAAUUAUUGAACCGCACGCAGAUUUUAGACCAGAUCUACGUCAUGUUGAACCAGAUAAUCCAUUUAGAAAACUAGCACAGUUGAAGAAAGUGAAAUGUAGUGAUGAACUUUCUUCAGCUUUUCGCAAACCAAAGGCUCAAGCUCUUGAUCUACGUCGUCUAGAACGAGCUCUUGAAAGCCGUGGCCGAUCAGCUGCUGGCCUAGAUGUUGAAGAGACAGAAAAUCUCUACUCUCGUGUUCAAUCUCAGCUACGCACCAGCAGACGUUCUAGUGUACCACCACCAACACCACCACCACAGAAAAUGGAACCUAAUUUUGGACAACAUCAAAGGCAACCAGGAGCACCACCACCUCAACCUCAGGUACAACAAAAUCAGCCACCACAACAAAAUAAUUUUCAGCCGCCAGUGCAGAAACCUACGCCUCGUCCACAGUUUCAGGCUCCAGUAGCAACACAGUUUCAACAGCAACAGCAACCUCAGCAACAACAACAACAGCCACAAUUUCAGCAAAAUAAUGCAGCCAUUAGAAUGAAUGCACCACCGCCUCAGCGUCCAGCUAUGCCUUCACAACCAGUACCAUUUUCACAACCAUUAUCAAUCAAUCCACCUGGACCACCACAGCCGCAACAGCAAACACCAAUGAAUGUUCCAUCACCUGCUCAACCAACACCACCACCUCCACCGCCACCUCUGAUGUCACCACCUAUUAUGAAUUCUUCAUCUGGUCCACAGGUCAUAUCACAACAAUGA